GUAAACAUGGUUAUUGGCAUUCUGGUGUUUAACAAACUUGUAUCCAAAGAUGGAAUAACUGAUAAGAAACUGAAGGAGCGGGCAGGGGCGUCCCUCUGGAGCUCCUGUGUUGUCCUGCCUCUGCUGGCCCUCACCUGGAUGUCAGCCGUGCUGGCCAUCACUGACCGCCGUUCGGCCCUCUUCCAGAUCCUCUUCGCAGUGUUUGACUCCUUGGAGGGCUUCGUCAUCGUGAUGGUCCACUGCAUUCUAAGAAGAGAGGUGCAAGAUGCUGUUAAAUGCCGAGUCAUGGAUCGUCAAGAAGAAGCCAAUGGGGAUUCUGGAGGAUCGUUCCAGAACGGACAUGCCCAGCUUAUGGUAAGUGGGGGGGAAAUGCUUUGAAGGAGAGGACAGAUGUAGCUUUUAUGACUCCGGUGAACCAAGAUGGCGCAUACCAAGUUGGCAAAUAGAGGCUGGGAAUGUUUGGAGGUUAAACCCUAUGAAGAACAGUUGUAGGAACUUGACAUAAAGAGGUCUCACAAAGAGAAGGAUUAUGAGUGAAGUGGAAAAAUCUGGCCCAUAGAAUCACCAAGAAUUGGACACAAC